AGAACAGGCCGUUGAAAAAGACGGUGAAGAUUUCUCCUAUUCAUUUCUUUUUUUCGGAUCAGGACUCCUUGCCUGCAAUCUAGGGUUCGUCGAAUAUACUGGUCUGGUUUCAGUUUUAUUUCUUAUUUUUCUUGAGGUCCAGUCCUUGUUCUUUGAUCUCUUUAAUCAAUCUGCCAAGCCUGAGGACUUGAACUUGAUAUCUUCAUCCUGUUUUGGGUCGAGAUAAUCCACUAUGACGAUCGCUGAUUCAGGUUGCCUGAUGGACAAUGGGGCAAGUUGCUUACCACUUCCGCCGGAGGAAGAAAAUCGGAUCAUAUCAGAAUUGAUGAAAGAAUCGGAGCUUAAUUUAAAAGAAGGCAACAUAUACUAUGUUAUAUCUAAUAGGUGGUUUUCAGUGUGGCAGAGGUAUGUUGGGUUUCGUGUUGGGAUAUUUUCGGCUGAGGAGCAGCCUUCUAAUUGUCAGGAAGACAAUGAGGUUCGGUUAGAGGCUGCUGAUAGACCUGGGCCAAUUGAUAACUCCAAUAUUAUUAUGGAUAGCAAUAGUUGUGAAGACAAUAGUCCAGAUAUUUGCAGAAUGUUGGUUGAGGGGGUGGAUUAUGUUUUAGUUCCUCAAAAAGUUUGGGGAAAAUUGUUUGAAUGGUACAAAGGUGGACCAGCAUUACCAAGGAAGCUGAUUUCACAGGGUAUUGGGCACAAGCAAUACAAUGUUGAGGUUUACCCGCUUUGUCUAAAAGUGACUGAUGCUAGAGAUGACAGCAUGUCAAUAGUAAAAAUGAGCAAAAAGGCUACCAUAAAUGAGCUUUAUGAGACUGUGUGCAAACUGAGAGGGGUGGAGCGACAAAAGGCCUGUAUUUGGGACUACUUCAAUAAGGAAAAGAGUUCAUUGCUGAAUUUCUCAGACCGGACAUUGGAGGAUGCAAAUUUGUUGAUGGACCAUGAUAUUCUUCUGGAAGUCCCACUUGACAGGGAUCAGUCUUCUCAUUCUGGCAUUGAGUCAAUGGGAAAGGAUUUAGCUUUGGUACCAUUAGAACCUUCAAGGUCAUCUGUGUCAAUUGCCGGGGGACCUACUAUAACAAAUGGUCAUUCCGCUGGAUCUAGUAACUAUUUGUAUCCGGGAACCUCUUUAAACUCAACAUCAAUGGAUAUGGAUCAUAAACAUGAUGUUUAUAGAGGAGAAAAGAAUGGACUGGCAGGAUUGCAGAACCUGGGCAAUACAUGCUUCAUGAAUAGUGCUAUUCAAUGUCUCGUCCAUACUCCACCUCUUGCCAAAUAUUUCCUGCAAGAUUACAGUGAGGAGAUCAAUGUGGACAAUCCUUUGGGAAUGCAUGGUGAGUUAGCCAUUGCAUUUGGUGAAUUGUUGAGAAAACUGUGGUCCUCUGGUCGGAGUGCUGUUCCACCCCGUGCAUUUAAGGGAAAACUGGCUCGAUUUGCUCCGCAAUUCAGUGGUUACAAUCAGCAUGAUUCUCAGGAAUUACUUGCCUUUUUAUUGGAUGGGCUGCAUGAAGAUUUGAAUCGUGUGAAACAAAAGCCUUAUAUUGAAAUGAAGGACUCAGAUGGUAGGCCAGAUGAAGAAGUUGCAUAUGAGUGUUGGAAAAAUCACAUUGCUCGGAAUGAUUCAUUGAUUGUUGAUGUAUGCCAAGGUCAAUACAAGUCAACGCUGGUCUGUCCUGUCUGUGGCAAAGUCUCAAUCACUUUUGAUCCCUUUAUGUACUUAUCUCUGCCACUGCCUUCUACCAUUACAAGAACUAUGACAUUGACAGUCUUCUAUGGUGAUGGAAGUGGUCUUCCAAUGCCAUACACCGUGACAGUUUUAAAACACGGUUCCUGUAGAGAUCUUUGCCAUGCUUUGAGCACUGCGUGUUGCUUGAAGAGUGAUGAGAUGCUUUUGCUUGCAGAGGUUUACGAUCACAAGAUUUAUAGAUACCUGGAGAACCUGUUGGAACCACUGGCUACAAUAAAGGAUGAUGAACAUAUUGUGGCUUACCGAUUGAAAAAAGGAGCUCAGAAAACAAAACUAGAAAUAAUUCAUCGAUAUCUAGAUAGAUGUUCGCUGGACAAUACCAAGGGUGGAGAGAGGAAGCUCUUUGGAACUCCCUUGGUGACUUAUUUGGCAGAGGAGCCUCUAUAUGGGGCCAACAUUGAGACCUAUGUUGACAGAAUGCUGUUGCCUCUAAGAAGAGCUUAUUCUUCUAACUCUCAUAACGAAAAGGAAAAUGGUUUCUUAGCAGGUGGUGGUAAUCAAGUAAAUGAAUCCAAUACGAAUGUGUACCAAGGUACCAGACAAGUGACGGCCAAAAAACCGGGGAAUCCCAGUGGGGAGAUGUCUUUCCAGCUUGUUUUAUCUUCAGAUAGACCUUUGAGCUGUGCUCUCAUAGAGAAGGAUUCUCCUAUAAAACCUGGUCCAAUUAUUAGAGUUUUUCUUGACUGGACUGAUAAAGAACAUGAGUUAUAUGAUGCCAGCUAUCUCAGGGAUCUGCCUGAGGUUCACAAGACAGGCUUUACUGUGAAAAAAACCCGGCAAGAAGCCAUUUCUUUAUUUUCAUGCUUGGAGGCAUUUUUAACUGAAGAGCCUUUGGGCCCUGAUGACAUGUGGUACUGUCCUAGAUGCAAGGAGCACAGACAAGCUACCAAGAAACUAGACUUGUGGAAAUUGCCAGAUAUACUCGUAUUUCACUUAAAGAGAUUCUCAUACAGCAGAUAUUUGAAAAACAAACUCGACACAUUUGUAAAUUUUCCCAUCCACAAUCUCAAUUUGACCAAAUACGUGAAAAGCAAUGAUGGACAGUCUUACGUUUAUGACCUUUACGCAAUCAGCAACCAUUAUGGAGGCCUAGGGGGUGGGCACUACACUGCCUACGCAAAGUUGAUCGAUGAAAACCGAUGGUAUCAUUUCGAUGACAGUCAUGUCACCCCGGUGGCUGAAGCGGAAAUUAAAUCUUCAGCCGCUUAUGUGUUAUUUUAUCAAAGAGUAGCCUCAACGGAGGGGGAGACAUCUAAGGGUCACACAAUUUCUUGAAGGCAAUGACUGAUGACUCUGCGUUAUUCCCUGAUUUUCCUCCUUGUCAGGAUGUUGGAACUUAUGCCAGUCAGAGCAUAGUUUUCUGGUGCAUAGUUAUGUCGUUAUUCAGUGCAAACUGGGUCGCCUAGAUCCUGAAGACACAGUACCAUUGCGCUAGGCAUGGCGGUUAGUAAAAUUUUUUUGGCGAGGAUCCAGCCAAAACAUGGAGGGUUGGUGUAGGAUUAAUCAUCUAUUCCUGUAUGAUUGACAGAAUUUCUAGUUAGAAAAAUUUUGGCAGCCUACGAAAUUGCUCAUUGAUUGAUUUUCUGGUAUUUCAUUUGAUUGUAUGGGGCAAAAUAUGAUUAUCGCUGUUAUAACAAGCAUACCCUGAAUGUAGCUUCGCGUUUGAGGAAGAAUUUGUACCAAACUUUUCCUUAUUCUUGGUUUUGGGGAAUCUGUAACCGAACAUAUGUUAGCCUACUUACAAUGCAUGUGAGAUAAGCAGCAUCUAAUGUGCUA